UAAAAAACAUCUAUCAAAAAACUUCGAAAUCCUUCGUAUUCCUGGAAUUGAAUCGACUUUGGAGAAAAAUUUCAAUAAAUAACUGACGAAAAAAUAAUUAGUAUUCAACUAAUAUAAUAGAAUCUACAAGGUUUUUUAUCAAGAAUAACCAAAAAAAAAAUUAGGGGCGAUUCCACGAAUGUCAUAUCUGUUUUCUGUCAGAAUUCAAGAUGAAGACGGCAGCCCCAAAAAUAUUACGACCGCCGAUCAACACAAUAACCAAGGAGAUCUCCGAUCAAGAUGAAAUAAACAAAUCACUUAUCAUGGACGAGAAAGCGACAUGCAAAGAGUUGGACCAAUGGAUUGAACAACUCAAUAACUGCAAACAGUUAUCCGAGAGUCAAGUAAAAACACUUUGUGAUAAGGCUAAAGAAAUUCUUUCAAAAGAAUCAAAUGUUCAAGAAGUAAAAUGUCCCGUUACAGUAUGUGGAGAUGUGCAUGGUCAAUUUCACGAUUUGAUGGAAUUAUUCAGAAUAGGAGGAAGAAGCCCCGAUACAAAUUACCUGUUCAUGGGUGACUAUGUGGACCGUGGUUAUUAUUCAGUGGAAACAGUGACGCUUCUGGUGGCCCUUAAAGUGCGUUAUAAGGAACGGAUAACGAUCCUAAGAGGAAAUCACGAAUCUAGGCAGAUUACCCAAGUUUAUGGGUUCUACGAUGAGUGUCUAAGGAAAUAUGGAAAUGCAAAUGUUUGGAAAUUUUUCACAGACCUAUUCGAUUAUCUGCCCCUCACUGCACUAGUUGAUAGUCAAAUUUUCUGUUUGCAUGGAGGUUUAAGUCCUAGCAUCGACACCUUGGACCACAUUAGGGCGUUAGAUCGUUUACAAGAAGUUCCUCACGAGGGCCCUAUGUGCGAUCUUCUAUGGUCCGACCCUGACGAUCGCGGCGGCUGGGGCAUUUCUCCCAGAGGAGCAGGUUACACCUUCGGCCAAGACAUCUCGGAGACGUUCAAUCACACCAAUGGAUUGACGUUAGUGUCUAGGGCCCAUCAGUUGGUGAUGGAAGGUUACAAUUGGUGUCACGACAGGAAUGUUGUCACCAUCUUCUCUGCUCCCAACUACUGUUAUAGGUGUGGUAACCAAGCUGCCAUAAUGGAGCUUGACGACGCUCUAAAGUAUUCAUUUUUACAAUUCGAUCCAGCCCCAAGACGCGGAGAGCCCCACGUUACGCGCAGGACACCCGAUUAUUUCUUGUAAUUCAUGUAUUUGUCAAUCGCAAUAUCAUUUUAAGCUGCUUAGGUAUAUCCUAUUCGUUAACAAGUAUAUUGUACAAAAAAAAAAAAAUUGGAGAAGGAUGAGCUUAGCUCGCCUUCUGAAACGAUACAGCAAACCCCCCAUUUUCCUUUCAAAAUAUAGACGAACGGUUCGGUAAAACGAUUGAACGUAAAGAACAACAAUAAAUCUGUUUUUUCCUUGAAUCGUUGGACCGAAUCGGUUAUUAAAAAAAAAUAAACUGUUGACCGUUUUUGAGAGGAAUUUGUCGGUGUUUUUAUGAAAAGUGGUAAAAAUUUUGUUUUUUUGAUUGCCAUUGUACUGAAAUUUUUGGCGAACAGUGACCAAAUUGCUGUAAACUAAAUGGUAGGACAUAUGAAUAAAUGCAUGUAUUACCCCCUCUAGUUAUACUCAGUGUUCAAUAUAAAGAGCAUUUUUUCAAUUUUUUAUUUUGUUUCAGACUAUGAUUUAUUGAUGAAUUUGACUCCUCUCCCCUUUGAAAAAAAAAAUCGAAAAACCGAAUUUCUCGAUUAUAGUCUCUAUUAUUUUUUGUCUCCAAAUAGUUGAAAAUUAUUUAUUAACUGUGCUCUGUUUGUUGAAAAUUAGCUUCUCUCCAAGGUUGAAUGAGUUUGGUAAAGGAAUGAGAGGUGGUAGAGACGUGAAUUUUAAAUCUCUUAGGCUGGUUCUUUUUUUUUUUUUUUUUCGAUGAAUUUUGGAGCGAAGCCCCCAUAUAUUGUGUUUGUGGAAUUAUUAAUUAAAAAAUUUUUCACAUUU